CGGCGCCCAGCCCCCAACGGUGGCGGAGGAGGGAGCGUUUCUAGGGGAUCUCAUCACCUCCAGCUCUCGGUGCCUGCACAGCUUGGUAGGGUGGGUGCAUGGACACGCAGCCAGCUGCGGGGCCCUACCCACCCUUCAGAGAACGCUGGCCUCCGAGUACUGUGGUGUCAUCCAGGCCAUGUGGGGCUGCGACCAGGGCCACAACUACACCAUGGACACUGACUCCAGCUGCAGGGCCCUCCUGCUGGACAGCGCCUUGUCAGUGAAGUGGGCGUGGGACAAGGAGAUGGCACCGCAGCUCACCCACAGCCAGGCAUCCAGCCCCUCGGGGACUGCCCCUCAGGUCUCCCAGGGCAGAGGGACCACACUGCCCAGCAUGGACGUGGCCCCUCCUCCAGAUGGCAACCCUAUGGGGCCUGGGCCAGGCCCCCCACCGCAGCCAAGCCCACCCCUCAUUGGGGCCCCAGGGCAAUUGGGUGAGAAGCAGGUUCCCUCUUCAACCUCGGAUGAUCGGGUAAAAGACGAGUUCAGUGACCUUUCUGAGGGAUAUUGCCCGAGUGACGAUGACAACACCAGGAAGCAGCAUCCCCAGUCCUCAGAUGAAUCCUUCGAGCCUUACCCAGAAAAGAAGGUCUCUGGUAAGAAGAGUGAAAGCAAAGAAGCCAAGAAGACCGAAGAACACAAAAAUCCGCAAGAAACCCGGGCCCAAGCCCGGCUGGAAGAAGCAGCUGCGCUCUGAGAGGUGAGGGGUCCUCAG